AGCGGGCCAGUUCACAAAGCUGAGGUCUUUGUGUGUGAGUGUGGCUGCCUGAGUGCAGGUGGGAGUCAGAGCGACAAGCUGCUGUUGGCUUUUUCAGUGUCGGUGACUCAGCGCCAGACAUCCUCCUUUGUGUUCCUUACCGUUGGGGUUUCUCGGCUUUUGGGAGGUGCGAGAACAUUUUGCCGUGGUUUUGCACAUUCAGCUACACCCGGGGCAGUGUAUACGGGCUUGUGGUUAGUUCCUGAAGAUGUUUGCAAAAGCGACCAGCAGUUUUGUGAAACAGAUUGAGAGCAGUGGUGACCUGAUCCCUGUUCACAGCCUGAAUGAUUCUGACAAACUGCAACUUCUGAAUCUGGUAACAAAAAGGAGGAAGGGAUGGUUCUGGCAAAAACCAAAAUAUUAUCCAUCCACGUUUACCCUUCAAGACAUAUUGAUGGGUGACAGUUCCAUCAAACCUGCUGUCACUGAAUCAGACUUUCUCAAGUAUGAAGGAAAAUUUGGAGACAAUGUGGAGGCAGGUACAGAAGCUGAGAUUGCCAAUUUAAGCUUCAGCCUGGAAGGUCAGGACUCGGUGGCACUGGAAUCUUCUUUUGGAAACCUGAAGAAGCAAGAAAUUGAUCUGAGUCAGCUUUUAAAAAUUGCUGAGAAAAGGCCUUUAAAUUUGGAUCACCCUUUUGUCCAGCAAACCCGUGAAAAAAGAGAAGUUUUGUGUGUGGUAAAUGAAAAGAUUAUCACCUCCCAAAAGUGCUCCAUUUCCGAACAUUUGCAAAUUGAAGAAAAGUGUGGUGGAGCGCUGGGACUAAAAACAAAAAUAUUGAAGGUUUCAGCAAAUGAUGAUGGUACUAUAUCCAAAGAUACAGAGGUUGUGCUGGAGAUCCCACCUCGAACGGUUAUUGCAUACGGUGUCACUGAGCUUUUUAUAAACCAGCAUGGACAGUUUGAGCUCUGCCUACUUUCUGAAAAAAGUGGAGGAUUUGAUAAAGUCCUACUAGGCAAAAAUAAAAAAGAAUUUUCAGUGUGCACUUCUUUAACGUGUGUUGAUGGAGAACAUAAACAUCAGCAGUGUAUGAUGAAUGUCCCAAGUGAAACUUCGCUAAGUGUUUUAAAACCAGCUAUUGAAGAGGCUCAGCAACAGCUGCAGCCAUUCUGUGAACUGUCGGAGGACAAAUGUCAGCAAUUAUUUAAAUAUUACUGUGAGUUCUUGUACCACGAAGACGUGAUUACCCUUCUUGAAAAUGUUUUGGAUAAGCUUUCUUCAGAGGAACAUCCAAAUCUAAUAGGACUGCAAGAGCUGGAGGCAACUGAGGCUCAAAAUGUCAAGGAUAUGCUACAUAUUUUGGGUUAUACUUGCCCAAAUGAGGGUGGCUCUUCAGAAAAUAAAGAUAUUGCAAGAUCUGAGCUAUUUACAGCUGCAUUCUACCUUUUUAGUGCUUUAGAUGCUUUGUCUGAAGAAAGUCUUGCAGUUUUGGGUAUUUGCUGCGAAAUUCAAAUUCUUCCAACGUUGCUUUAUUUGAUUAACAACAUUCCUGAUGAUGGAAUGCUUCCUGCUGAUAAUCCAGACCUGCUGCUCUUAAAAGAAGAGGAUCAUUUUUAUGUAACUCAGCGACUAUUUGCUUUAUCAAAUAUCUGCCUGGAAAAGAAAGAAUCAUUCAUCCAUGUUGUGACUGGCAAUCAACCUGGUAUGCUUCCAGUGUGCCUUUGCAUAGUUCUGCAGGGAUUUGCCAUUCUUAGUGGGAUCAGAAGAGAUGCAUAAACAGUCCAAAUUUUCAGGCUUGAAUGUGUUUUAAAGUCUUUUUUUUUAAAAUUACUUUAAUACUUCAUUACGUUCAAUAUAGUUGUGAAGAUUUCUGGAAUGUGAUUAAUAUUUUGCAAAGGAACAAGAUGGAAAGUUUGUGAAUUCCAGUCAUGGAAAAAUGAAUCACAGAAUUUCAGAAUUAUUACAGUGCAGAAGGAGGUCAUUUGGCCCAUCAUGCUGGCACAUGAUGUACAUCAUGUUCCAUUAGCUUAUACAAUAUAUUCCAUCUUGCAGAAAAUUACAAUGUAUGAAGUUUGUAGUGUCAGAAAUUACAGAUUGUCAGUGGAAUUGUUCCCUUGGAGAGAUUGAAAGUUGUCAGCAAAACAUCAGUAUUAUCAGUUAGUUAGUUUAAUUAAGCAAAAUAAAAUAGUCUUGAUUGAAUAAGACUAACAUUAUCAGGAAGAAGAAAAACAUUUUAAUCCUCAUGACAUUGUAGUUGAAUUAUGAUAAGGAAUUGAUAGUUUAGUGGUGUCAAUAUCCCCUGUGUCAUUAGUUCCAUAUUCAAAAUCUGGAACACUGAUCUAUAUCUUUCAUUUCUAAGUUAAACUAGAAUUAAUAAGACCUUCAGCUGAAAACACUAAUGGUUAACUACCAGAAUAGUCCAUGUUUGCAUUUGCUGAGUAUUGAUAUGAAUUUCUGACUAAUUUUAAAGGAGUAUAAUUCCACUAAGCCUAAACACUGUUCUAUUGAAAAGUAAUUUUAUAUUUCUGAAAGAAGAAUAUAUUACAAAUUUAACAUUCGAUAGUUUGAAAAACUAAUAGCAAUUUAUACCAAAUUUGUAGUGUUACAGAUAUUUGCAAACGUGAAGUUUGUUUUUAAGUUUUUACAUGUAUCUUUUUUGAAGUAGCUUUAAUAAUAUUAGCAUCUGACAAACAAAUAAUGAUUGUUGAGGUCACUAACUUUGACAUGUUAAAAUUAGUACUGAAGUAUUGUAGCUUGUGCAGUUAGUUCUCAGGUUAGUCGCAUCAGUUUGGAGGACAGUUCUUGAUGUUUACUGUGCCCACUGAGUGGAAGUAGACAUUUCAGCAAAAGCAAUUGAAAAAUAAUUUGUAACAGUAUUUUUCUUCACUAAUCAUUCUGUCCUUGUUACUGCAACCUCUAUAUUUAGGCUAAUUUAUCUUGUAACAAUAGUAUUUUCAACAGUUUACACGUACAUGUCUAAAUGUGGAGACAUUGCUUAAAAUCAGACAUAUUUGAUAGCUGUUGUCAUUGAUGCUUAAUAAAAUACUUGCUGCUGUAGUAUAUGC